CUAGACAAUGUCAUUAUACUAGACAAAAUUCAUGAAGGAAUUAAAGUGAAGCUUGAAUGCAGGAAGAUGUGGGCUACUAAAUGUGAAAGAUUGAGCUUGUUUCAAAACCGUCUUAUUAUUUUAAUAGUUAUUGCCUUCAUAAUAAUGCAUUUGAUGUUUUAUCUAACCGAUGAAAAGCUCAAAACUCCAGAAAGAAAAAGCUGGGAAAAAGUACAAUACGACAAAAAGUUUGUCUUGGUUACUGGCGGUGCAGGGUUCGUUGGACAUCACGUGAUAAUGCGGUUGAAACAAGACAAUAUUAAUGUCAUUGGAACAGACAAUUUCAAUGACUACUACAACGUUUCUCUUAAAUAUUUACGCUCAAAUAUAUCCGGUGUUGUCCAGCAUGUCGAUGUCUGUGACUUGAAAAAGAUGACAGAAAUUAUUUCUGAUAAAAAGAUAACUCAUGUGAUACAUUUAGCAGCUCAAGCUGGAGUGCGUUACUCAUUAACAAAUCCACAAGCUUAUGUCAAGUCAAACGUAGAAUGUUUUGUGCAGUUACUAGAAACAUUGAAAAACACUGGUAUCCCGCUUAUAUAUGCAUCUUCGUCUUCGGUUUAUGGAAAAAACACUAACAUACCAUUUUCAGAGGACCAUCCCGUUGUACAGCCAGCGUCGUUGUACGCAGCCACCAAACGCGAGAACGAGCUACUUGCCCAUGUUUAUUGGAAUUUGUACAAACAACGCUCAGUUGGAUUACGUUUCUUUACGGUUUAUGGACCAUUAGGAAGGCCAGAUAUGGCAUAUUUCUCAUUCGCAAAGAAUAUUUUAAAGGGUCUACCCAUUCCAGUUUUUAACUUUGGAAAGUUAUCCCGAGAUUUCACUUAUAUUGAUGACAUUGUUAACGGUAUUAUAAAGUGUAUAGAUGUAAAAUAUGAUUAUGAAAUUCUGAAUUUGGGAAGAGGAGAACCCCAGAGUUUAAUGCAGUUUAUAAAAACUAUUGAAGACAUUGCUGGGAAAAAGGCCGUUUUAGAUUUUAAAGAAAUGGUGAAAGGAGAUGUGUUAGUUACUUACGCAGACGUUUCUAAAGCCAAAACUUCUAUAGGAUAUAACCCGAAUGUAUCAUUAAAAGAUGGUUUGACACGCUUUAUUUCAUGGUAUAAGUUGUAUUCGAACCAACCCAAAUGACGAUUACAAUAGGAAAAUUGUAAAUUCAAGUAAAAUUUCAUGGGAAAGAAAUUGUAAUAUCAUAUAAAUAUGUAUGAAACUACUUUACGUGGUUCUGUUACAUUAAAAUAAACAAAUAAAACAA